CAUACCCGUCAAAGCGUAAGGAGCGCGACAUCACGUGGAACUACAAACACGUUGUUUCUCUACACCCACGAUAUCGCAUCGCACCGUACUCAAGACCCAGUAUUUCCAUCGAAUUAGACCACGAGUCCCUUCGCUCCUUAUCAUACUCCAACGGCAAUUUGGAUUUCUUUUCUUUUUCGGCUUUUCCGCAAGUGUGCGAAUUCGGACUGUCGCUGUCACUUCGAGUGUCUCGUUUAAACCGCGGCGUGUUUAAAAUAAAGAGAUAAAACUUGCUGUCGGUCGAGUUCAUCUCAACGUAUGAGAAAAACAACACAAAACGUGCAAGAUGAAGAAGGAUUGACGUGAAGGAUGUGCGGCAACCAAACCGAUAACACAGUGAUUAAUGCUUAGCCGCAAAAAGUGAUCGAAAUAAAAAGAAUUGAUCUGUAACUGGGGGGUGUGAAGUUUGAGUGGAUUUUUUACGAUUCAUCGAGAAAUAUACUGGAGGAAAGUAAAUGAAAAAUGCAAAUAAUGUAACCGCGUGGUUUAAAUUAAGCCGUAUGCGAACGUCACCCCGUGUGUGAAAUUCUGCGUUGCAAUCGAGAAAGAGAGAGAGAAAGCGAGAGAGAGGGGAAGAAAAAAAAACACUAGUGCGGUAAAAAAGUUGACUCGCAAUCAGGAUUAGUUCGGGUAAAGAGUCCAGCUCAGGGGAUCGGAUCGGUAAGAAUGUCAGCGAAGAACGAGGACCCGAAUCAGGGUUAGGGACCGUCGGGGCCCAUCGGCGACCAGCAACCGUCGAUAUCCUGGGCCGGGAUACGCGAGAACUAAACCGCAACCACCGACGAAGAAUCCGGACGAUAAGCGACGGCCAUGCGGAUCAGGGUGAAACUGACGUCGAGUACAAUAAAGGACCUGCAGAAAUCGUCGCCGCGACGAACCCGGGAUAUUUAGGCGGCCCCCUCGACUCGGAUCGCGGGUUCCACCUACGGCUGGAAGACCGACGUCGGUGUCCGAGCGACGCCGACUUCCUCGAGCACAUCGGUUACGGGGCGAACUUCCGGGCAGCCAGGAACAGGGCGUUGACAACCCGGGAGAUAGAGCUGGAGGUUGAACUCGAGGCGGCCAAGAUGCCCGAGAAGGAAGUCGCCUACCAUCAAGAGACCUUCUCCCUUUUGCCACCGCCACCGCCCCCGCCCCACCACCACCAUCACCACUCGGCUUUUCACGCCGCGUUUCACCCCCACGGACAUCCACCGCCGCCCUUUCACCCCCAUCAUGGACCGACGGCUCAUCACCCGGCCGCAGCUGCCGCAGCCGCAGCCGCAGCCGCCGCAUGGGAGCACCACGCCGCAGCGGCAGCCGCAGCAGCAGCCGCGUUUCACGCACCGCCUCCGCACCAUCCAUUGUCGAGUGGAGGAGCAACGACGAUCGGUGGAACCGGUAGUCCAGUGGGAAACAACGGUGGUAGCGGUAACGCGAACGGCGGUAACGUAGGUGGAAGUGGUUCCGGUCUGAGAGGAGAACAGAGCGGAAGCGGGAACGGAGACGAAGGUGGUAACGCCGAGGGGCGAGGAGGUGAAGGUGGAGGCGGAGACGCCGGCGGCGGUGGGAACGCGAGUUCCGGUACCGACUUCCUCCGCAGAAGCCACCCCCUCUCGGAGCACACUCUCCACCCCGCGUAUCGGCUCAACUACAUGGACCACCUCUACCAUCAGCUCCAGGCCUCCACGCACAGCCCCAACGCCUCAUUACACGGGCUGGGUGGUUUAGGACCGGAGUACCUCCUGCACGCUGCCGGCCCCGCGAGCACCCUCGCCUCGUCAGAAUUUCCCUUCUCUAUCGAUGCCUCUUCGAGACUAGGCAGUCCAAGAGCCUCAGCAUCAGCAUCAGCGUCGGCGAUCAGGGCGAGCAGAAAACGCGCCCUGAGCAGCUCACCGUACUCGGAUAGAUUCGACAUCGACAGCAUGAUACGAUUCAGCCCCAACAGCCUGGCAUCCAUCGUAAACGGCUCGAGAAGUAGCAGUGCGAGCGGAAGCUACGGCCAUCUUUCCGCAGCCAUGAGUCCGGCGCUUGGAAUGCACCCGGGGAUGGCACCGCAUCUUCAACAACUUCAGACCCACCUUUUACGAAGUGCCGCCGUUGCAGCAGCCCUCCUCCCCCACGGCCACCACCCCUCGUCCCACCUUCAACCACCACCGCACCCCCCUCACCCCGCACACCAUCCGGGCCAUCAUCACCACCCUCAUUCUCACACCCACUCACAUGCCGCCCUCGGUCCACCGCAUGCCCAACUAUUCUCCGUACCUCCGCACACAACUGGCAUGGUAGCCGCAGUUGGAACCCAUGGAAGCCUACCGCCUCCAAAGACUGAGCGAACGACGGACACGGCGUGCCGAAGGACCUCGGCGGAAGGACCGGGCCGAUCGAUAGCCGCCGAGGCUGACACCUCGUCCAGAAGAGCCUCGACCAAAGUAAAAAGGGAACCGGUCACGACCGCGGCGAGCACGACGACAGCCAUGACGACGACAACGACCGCCCCGCCAACCCAUCCCCAGGGACUCAGCCCAAGCGAGGACCUGAGGGACGAACCCGGGGACUUCAUAGAGACCAACUGCCACUGGAGAGGAUGCGGUCUCGAAUUUCCAACGCAGGAUGAUCUCGUCAAGCACAUAAACAACGAUCACAUCCAUGCGAAUAAAAAGAGUUUUGUAUGUGGUUGGGAAGAUUGUUCGAGAGAAGAGAAACCGUUCAAGGCGCAGUACAUGUUGGUCGUUCAUAUGAGGCGGCAUACGGGUGAAAAACCCCACAAAUGUACCUUUGAAGGCUGCUUCAAAGCAUAUUCAAGGCUAGAAAACCUCAAGACGCAUCUGAGAUCUCACACGGGUGAAAAACCUUACACCUGCGAGUACCCGGGAUGCAGCAAGGCCUUCAGCAACGCCAGCGACCGAGCCAAACACCAAAAUCGAACGCAUUCUAACGAGAAACCGUACGUUUGCAAAGCUCAAGGCUGUACAAAGAGGUAUACAGAUCCGUCGUCUCUUCGGAAGCAUGUGAAAACUGUUCACGGUGCAGAAUUCUACGCGAACAAGAAGCACAAGGGCGGCGACGGUGGCGGAAGUGACGAGGCUGGUGCAGGUGGACACAGUCCUAGUCGCAGCGAAGAUCGACAUCCAAAGACCCCGAGUUUGUCGAGUCCAAGUGUGAAGUCAGAAAGCGAGGCGAACAGUCCGCCUGGUAUGAUGCAACAGGGAAGUCCACUGAUCGGCGGAUGCACGGAUGAUCUUGGAAUGGGAGGCGGCAGCGGAGACGGCGUGACUGCGAUUGGGGUGGACGAACCGUGGAAUGAGGAACCGGAUGACCUCGACAUCGCCGAUCUUCCGGUCGCGCUCCGUGCCAUGGUCGGCGGAAUGGAGUCUCAACAGGCACCCCCGCCCUCGAGGAGUCGUAUAAAGGGCCGACUAAGCGCGAAAGCAAUGCCACCAUUAUCGGUCGGGGUGACGGGCAUGAGGUUAGGACGAGGAGCCGGAGGAAUCGGAAGCGGCGGAGGUGUCGGCGGUGGUUGUAUCGGCAGUGUUGGCGGAGGUGGAGUUGGAGGUGGAGGAAUAGGCGGGGGUGGCGGUGGUGGUAUUGGAGGCGGUGGAGGGCCUGGACCCCAGGGUAACAUCGGAGAGCUUAACAGGCGGAUAACGGACCUGAAAAUGGAGAGUGGAGCGAGACAAACGACCUUCACCGACCUUCAACUAAGACUGCAACCCCUUAGCGAACCUAGACGCGACAGCAACAGUACGGUUAGUACCUACUACGGAAGCAUGCGCUCGGCUGACUUUGGGAGCCGGAGAAGCAGCCAAGCAAGUGGCGUCAGUGCCGUGAGACUUGGUCUCGGCAUGGGCUUGGGACUCGGUAUCGGUUCGAAUGGACCUGGAAGCGGGAGUGGAAACGGUGGUGGGGGUGGCAGCGGAAUUGGGGGAGGUGGUAGUGGUGGAGCUGGUGGAAGCUUCUACGAUCCAAUAAGCCCGGGGAAUUCUCGGAGAAGUAGUCAGCUUAGUACAACUUCCGGUCGACUCAACGGACCACCUCAUCUUCAGGGCCAGUACUCGACAAACAAUUUGGUCGAUCAGACGCAGAACAUGUCUCUUCAGGGACCACAAGGAAUCCCGGGGGACUGGAUGCCUCACGGGCACUGUCCACAGCCAGCUGGUGACCGAAGAAUGUCGGAACCAGCUCGUACUCAUCAAGGUCAAAGAACGUCUCCUCUCAUGCCACCGAGACCAAGGUCAGCCCAGCUUCCGGAACUCCAUCCAAACCAGGAAGUCAUUCUCGACGAAGUCGGGGAGGGUGAAAUGGUGGAAAACAAACUGGUCAUACCAGACGAAAUGAUGCAGUACCUCAAUCAGGUACAAGCAGGAGGCAACCAAGUAAGCUACAGAGGGAGUCCUCUACCGAUCUGCCAAUCGCCAAUAUGCACAAACCCGUCGCACUAUCAACGCCAGCAGAUCCCCUGCACUUAUAACAACCAACAGCACCAGUUGAAUUGUUACAACCAAGGAAACGGUAGACAAAACUGUCCAAACUACCAAAAUAUGUCACCAUCGUCGAACCUGCACCCGCAGUGCGGUAGUUCGAGAGUGAGUCAAGCUUCGUUAGGUGGUUACUGCCCGCCGCAGAACCAGUUGCAAUCCCAGCCUCCACCGGGCUACGGUUCUCAAUCGCAAUGCGGUUCGCAAAUAGCAAGUCCAGCCGGAGGUCAAGUAAUGUCGCCGGGCUCUCACUACGCCCCUAGCCAUGCGAGUGACCAACCAAUGACUUCACCAGCCGCCGGAGCGCUCGCGCCUCAACACGUACCUCAAAACGUACAACAAAAUUCGGCGCAGAUGACGAGGCAUUGCAGUCUUCAGGGUCACCCAACGACACCCCAAGGAUUUUACGCCGGUGGAAGUGGAGGAGGAAUAACUGGAACCGGAACAGGUGCUUACGGAUGUCGAAACGUCAACUGCGCGCAGUUGCAUCGUCCCGACGAAACCUGUGCCAUUCAUCCCCAAACGCAAUCCCUGCAGAGUCACGGUCAAAUUCCACAGCAGUGUGCAGGUCAGCCUCGAAACGGAUCGACGUCAAACUGCCCGCUACUAUCGCCAGCCUCGAACCAAUCGGCAACAACGGUUAAGAACAACACGAAUAACAAUCAUUCCAACAAUCGGUGCAGCCAAAUAGCUCACCAAGGUCAAACAGGGCAUCGACAAGGCGUUCAGCAAACCAACGAAUCUCCGCACCACCAUCACCAUCAUCAUCAUCUUCCGAAUGUGGCUAAUCCGACGGUACGAAACCCUGUGAACCAAUGCCAACAAAUGCCUCCCGGGCACUGUCCUCAGGCCGGCAUGGGAGCCCAAAAGGUACGCGGAGCUGGGGUAAGCCAACAAAAUCAGCAAACACAACCUGGUGCUAAUGUCUGCGGACAGAUGACCGGUGGCGGUUGUAGUCAGCAGAGUGCUGCGACGGUUCAGGGCCAGACGAACCUCGGCUGUGGUCCGCAGUCGUGUUCGAUGCACCACGGUUGUCAACCGCAGAUGUCGCCAAGCCAUUUCACUUGCGGUUGCCAAUGGGGCUACACGACGGAAACGUGCUUUCACAGCCACGAUGCGAACAUGCCGGAAAUUCAGUGCCGGGAUAUAAGCCAGUCCCAGCAGGGUUCGCCCGUGAAACCGCCCCAGGGGAUGAGGCAGGACUCGUACAGACGAACCCUCGAGUAUGUUGAGCAGUGCAGAAACUGGUCGGGUAAUGCGCAGGCUCAGGUCCAUGAGACGGGGGUUUCUAGCUCAACUCACCCCCUUUCGCUCCCCCAACCUCUGCCAGCGAGCGCUAAUAUGAUCGUAAACGACAUGACGUCGUCCCUGAGUUCUCUUCUAGAGGAGAAUCGGUAUCUUCAAAUGAUUCAAUAAAGGAAAUUGUGUUUAGCUCGUGAAAAUUCUUUGAUCGAUCGAGAAACAGAGAGAAGAAAAACGAACUGAACUGGAUGAGUAGAUAGAAUUUUCAGUCUCUCGUCACCGUACGUCAUGGCACAUACAUAUGGGACAUUCUACGCCAAUCAACCUCGAAUCCUCACUAUUUUUGAUUUUGUUUAACAAAUUUUAUAUAAUGGUCUCAACUCCGAAAUAUUGCCUUAAAUUUUUUGAGAUUGUUCUGAGUAAAUUGGUUUUGCUUAUGAUUUUUGAAAACCAACGUGUCUGUGGCCGUAAUUUAAGAAUUUGAAAAAAUUCCUGAAAACCUUGUGUCACAUAUCAAAAUUUUAAAGAUUAGACCCAGAGUGGGCCGGCAUUCCCUUCAUAUUUAUUUAGAGUUUUUUUUUCGGAAUAAGGAUAGUAAAAAAAAAAUUAGAAUAAAAAGUCAGUUCACUACAGGUGGUUGUUCAAACAUUUAAAUAUAUAACACUGAAUACUUUUUAACUUUUUUCACAUAUUUCCAAACUAAUUAAUUAGUUGCAAUUUGCUCAUCCUGAAGAAAUAAUCUCCUACCAAAAAUCUGAUAAAAUUCUUAAAAAUCUUGGGUUAUGUAUAAAAAUGUUUAAACAGCACUCCACAAAAGACAAUCACUUCUUUGUUUUCAAUUUAUUUUUUUCUUCAAAAAGCUGAACGAACAGUAGAACCGGCUGAACGCCGGUCUUCUCUGGAGGUCUAGGUUUGAAAAUUUUGAUAUCUGACACAACAUUUUUGAGAAUUAUUUUGGAAUUUUAAAUGAGGCCAAAGACAUGUUAAUUUUUACAAGACAUAAGUAAAAGAAAAUUUGCCCCUAAAGAUCUGAAAGAAUUCAAGGUGCUGUUUUAAAGUUACGGUAAUGGCAAAAGAAUUUUUGAACAAAAUGAAAAAUGGUGAGGGUCUGAUGGUGAUUGAGUUGGCGUGGGAUGCUCCAUAUAUAUAUGUAAACACAUACGUAAUUUUGAUGGAAGCACCCGACAUCAAGUUACGUGGAAAAUUUGUCUUAUACAUAUCUUAUACAGUUGAGCAGCUUGCACGCUACCUUUUCACGUGCCCUAAUCAUUUAAUUUGUAGCAUUUUGUUAUACAUAUUUUAUAUAUUUAUGGUUGAUUUUUUGCCCAAAAAAAUGACCUCACGAGUAUUUCGAGCAGACGCGGUUUUAAUAUAGAAGAUUGUAUGGUCACAAAACUUGUCGAUAAAAGAUUAGACGACUGAUUGUAAGUAAACGUAACGAACCCAGUGCUUAUGCGAUAAUAUCGCAAUUUCUCUGAAUAAAAAUUCAAUGUAAGAAUAUGUAGAUGAUUCAAAUAGGCAGAUAUUUAGUCAAAGUUAUUAUACUUGCGUAAUUUUAUCACUCGUACUCUUUUUUUUAAUCUCUAAUAUAUCAUCAAAUACAGACUUGUAUCAUUUUUUAUUUCCGCUAGCGAUCAGCAGAGCGUGUACAGUGUACGCUGUGAUACAAAACAUUAAUUUUAAGGAGCUGAUUGUAAGUAUAUAUUAUUGAAUCCGUAUUAAUAUCUAAGUGUAAGAAAGUUGAAUCUCAUCAGAGGCCAAUAUUAGACUGUACUUGUAGAUAGACCAUUAUGUAUGUAGAGCUCAAUUUUUUAUUGUAACUAUAUAUAACUAUAGGUGUAAUGCAGUGUACUAUGUAAAAAGAAAUAAUAAAAACAGCAACGAUGUUGGUAUACAGAAUUAUACACAUCGUGUAUCAUACAUAAGUUCGAUAAAUGUGUGGGCUGUCAUAAUUCUAUAAUAAAUAUAUACAUAUACAUGUGUAUUGUAAGAUUGUAAAACAAUUUCAGAAACGUUCCGAUAUAGUGAUUAAGAAUCAAAUGAAAGUGGAAGAAAGUACUCGAAAUCAUUAUUAAUUUUUAUUCCUUUUUUUCUGUAACGGAACUUAUAUUAAAGCUGUUCUUUUCACUUUUUAUUAUAAACAAAUCAUUAUUUUAUGAAUUUUAGUAUCAAUAUGGAUACUUGUCGGAUAAAAAAAAUGAAAGAAAACCCGCCUUGUGAAUAUUAUACAUAUCGACAAUUAUAUUUGCAUAUACCACAUAAUCUACACGACGAUGAUGACGACGAAAAAUAAUAA